AUGCAACGCCGAGUGCAGCUGCGUAUCUCUCUUACUGCAGCCUCUAGUUUUUUCUUCUGGCAGCAUCGCUCCUAUUAUGACAAAGUGCGCAGGGAGCGUGAGAAAAGCGAUGACACUCCCUGUGCAAUGUUUGACGAGUUUCCCAAGAAUCCUCAUGCGAGUAGUGUCCCCAACCAAUUUCGUACACCGAAUGCGGAUGCCGUGAAAGAUGCUGAAUUGUUACAGCGCGGGUUCCUUUUGUCACUUGUAGUCAUGCUGUUUGCACUUUUUUACAGUGGAUUCUUGGAUCCCUUCAAUGAGGGGUAUCGGCGCCCAGACGGAUAUGGUAUGCCGGCUGUGGAGAAGAGCGUAUGA